AUGUACCAUCCACGAGCGCUGACUCAGCGUGCUGUUUCCCCAGACACUGUCAGUGUCACUGGAUUGCUGCUGAAAGAGGGACUUGAGUUUCUGCAAAAAUCACUGACAGAUCCACACUGCACUGUGACCAUUGAAGGGAGGAAGUGCUGUAAACCCACUGACCAGUGCACAGAAGAGGACUGGAGACGGAGCUGUAAUAAGAAAGUGGAGAUUCACUUCAAACCAAAGGUUUUAGAGGAGCUGAAAGAGCUGGACAUCUCUGACUCUGAACUGUCUGGACUGGAUCUUCACUGUCAGUCUUGUGUUCACAUUGUUGAUAGUGAUCAGUGGGUUCAGGUGGAGCCGUCAGUCUGUACAGAUGAAGGAGGGUCAAAGUUCAGGAUCAGCACUCAGGCGGGUCGAUUCGAGUGCAGCAGGACCAGAAUGCGAUGGGUCUGUUCUGGUGACGUCAUUCUCCAGUACCGUCAGGUGGAUGGACGUUUCCUCAGUGCAGAGCUGGAGAGGCUUCAGUGUGAGCGAAUUGGUCCAGUGAUUGAUGUGAGCGUGAUCUCAGGGAAACUGGAGGAGGCCCAUCUGCCUCAUUACGCCUGUUUAGCAGAGUCUGCCCCCUCUCUCAAAGAUGCUGUGAAGCUCCUCAACAAAAGAGAUGAAGGAAUAUCUUUACAAUCUGUAGAGAUGACCCGUUAUCAUGCUAAAAUACUCCAACCAUCCUUCUCUCUUAUAACUCUAAUUAUAAGCCUGUUCACACAGUGGGAAGAACACUGUAACCUUCUUCUCUACAUGUGCUGUAAAGAUCCUCUCAUUCUUCACAUCUACUUUUUUCCAGUGAAUGACACUUUUUCAAAAGAAAAAGUUAAACAGAAUGAAAAAUCAAGUCAUCCGAUCAGCCAUCCCAGACCUAACAGACCAUUUCGGAUGAAAACACCACACCUUCUUGAGGUUCCUGGUGCUUCUGUCCAUCCUGUAGAGGGGAUUUCAUUUACAACAGAUGUUGAUCCAAACUUCUUUGAGAUCUUGCAACGUCAGCAUGGUGACGUACAAAUGAAUCUUAUCAGAGAGGAGGACAAGAAGUCCGUGUGGACUGCCACAAUAUGGAAAGCCAAACUUGACCAGUUAAAUCAAAGGCAAGUUCAAGAUAAGCCACAACUGAAUUCUGAUGUUAAUAAAGCUCAGUAUUAUGAGGAACACAGAUCAGCUCACAUUGAAAGGGUUAAAGACGUGAAGAGCAUUCAUUCAUUUUGACAGCUAUCCAAGCUAUGCUACAUAUCAUUAAAUUAUGUAAUUUAUCUUG